CACAACCGCCGACGCGAGCGUCGUCGCGCGGCGUCACGUCGUACCGCAGCGCUGGAGCGCGCACGACGACCGUGAAAAUCGAAUAAAUAGUCGUUCGCGGUGCCAGCCGGAGCAGACGCGAACGGACGGACGUCACGACGUUCGGUGAAAGAGACGAGAAAUCGAAAGACUGAGAAAGAGAGCCGCGACGAGGCGUCGUACCCUCCGUCAGCAAAUUAUAUCUGUGUAUCGACAACACGCGCUCUCGAUCUCGCCCUUCCACGGCGGCUGCUGCUGCUGCUGGUAACCUGUGUACGGCGUGUAACACACAGGUACGCGUCGUCCACGAAAACGGGCUCUCCGGGAAACGCGCUCGGAAUAUUCCUCAUCGAUGAGUGAGCGAGUACGCGAUCGCGCUUCGACGGUGGGUGCCGCGCGGCCGCCGCGAGACAGGCCGGGGCCCAGGUUUUGAAUUCGGAGGAGACCAUCGCGCGAGGAAUGACGCUGGAGAAUCCGUUCUUCGUCGUCAAGGACGAGGUGUGUAAGGCGUUGAACAAGAACCGUGGCUUGUACGGACGCUGGAACGAGUUACAGGAUGUCGCGGUCGCGUCGCCGAACACACCAGUGAGUGGUGGAAUAUCUGCGGCCGCCGCGCCGAUCUCGCGGGACGAGCUCGAUUGGACCACUACCGAGCUGCGGAAAGCGCUACGCUCCAUCGAAUGGGAUCUCGACGAUCUGGAGGAUACUAUCUGUAUUGUCGAGAAAAACCCGACAAAAUUUAAGAUUGACAACAAAGAGUUGACGGUUCAGCGGAGCUUCAUCGAGCAAGCACGUGAGGAAGUCAAAAUUAUGAAGGACAAGUUGAAUCUGAGCAGAGGCCGGGAUCGUGACAGCACGGCGAGACAGCCGCUGUUGGAUAAUAGUCCAGCACGAAUGCCCACAAAUCAUGGUACUACCAAGUAUAGUAAGCUGGAAAAUGAGAUCGACAGUCCGAAUAGACAAUUUCUCAACGAUACGAUGCAUCAGCAGAAUACCAUGAUAAGACAACAGGAUGAACAGCUAGAUAUGAUUGGUGAGACUGUUGGUACCUUAAAAACAGUAUCCAGGCAGAUCAACAGUGAACUGGAUGAACAGGCUGUAAUGCUAGAUGAGUUUGGGAACGAGUUGGAAGCAACGGAUUCCAAGCUGGAUGCAACAAUGAAGAAAAUGGCAAAGGUGCUUCACAUGAGUAAUGGUAACUAUAACAAUUAUAUUCCCGCCCCUACCACCGCGUCCUCCAGCGUUUCCGACCUUGUCACUGAUAAGCCCUCCUCUUUCUCCUCCUUAUCCACCACGAUAACCAACUGUUUUCUGUGUUCUAGCGACUAAUUAAUCAUAUGUUUCUAUAAUUGUUCAGUCGGAAAAUCAUAGAAGGAGAUCAUGAGAUCCGCCUCCUUGUGUAUCUCGAGCACGCGUUUUGUUUUGCUUGGGUUUUUUUUUUUCUUUUCGAAAUUAUUUGUGGCAUCAAAAGCACAAAAUUAGGAAUGUUAAAUAAUAUUUCAGAUGUUUAAUUAGAUGCGAAUGUAUAAUAUUUUGCGGCUCGUAGAGAUCGCAUAGUAUAUAUAUAUAUAUUUGCAUAUAUAUAUUACAUCUAAGACCUAAUUAUAUUAGUCCUUACCGCUGCUUCGUAAGAUGAUGUAGUUUGUUAUGUGUAAUUAAUUAACAAAAGUAUCGAAAUAUCCUCGUUUGAGAGGAUAGUGCGAAUUUUAUCGCGUUAUUUAGUGUCGAAAGCAGGGCGGACCAGUUGGAGAUCUCAGAGGGAGUGCUCCUGUAAUUAAAGUUAAUCAACGUAAUCUAACCGGCGGAAAGAGUUGAGUAGAUUGAACACACACGCAAUAUGUGAUUGUGCCCACCGGCAAACGAAAGUUUAAAUUUCAAUUUUAAUUUUAAUUUUAAUUUUAAUUUUAAUUUUAAUUUCAAUCUAUAACGUAUAUCUCUUCAGUCGCACAUGCGUGUGUGAUUGAAAUGAGUCAGAGUGCUAGUAGUGUUUUCGCCUGAAACAAAAUUGGUUGCUCCGAAAACCGAAUUCUAACUUGCAGCAGAAUUAGUGAAGUAAUCGAUUGUUUUCUGAAAGGUUCAAUAGGCGUUCUUUAGAACCGCAAGCGCCAUUAGAAUUGAAUUAGAACUUGAGUUCCCGCGAAAACAUUUUUAUUCUGUGGCAUGCUACAGCCGCGUAUAUGCGUAUAUGCACAUAUAUGAUAGAAGUAAGUCGCAGAUAUACAAAAUUUGGAAAUGGAAUUUUGAAUUUCUGCGAACACACAGAGAGGUCGAGAGAUUAAAUUCAUAUUCGAAUUUAUCCUCGAAAUCGCACGUGUUAAUUCUGUAUCUUUGAAAAGAUUGACGGUAAAUGAAUUAUUGAUGUUAAAUAGUUUACUUUAACUUAAGUUAAAUAAUUAACCGAAAUAUAUUACCUCUUUUAAUUAGAAUUAGUGUAAUUGAAAUUACUAUAAGAUUUUAAACACCGCGAUAUUAAGAUACUCCAGAAUAGGAGUAUAGGAGAUUUUCCAAAUUAAAAGAGAUAUAUGAUAGUUUAAUAAAAAAAGGAAGGAAUAUUGAGAAUAACAAUUAUAUUUUUCCUCGUUGAGAAAGACGAUAAUUCGUGCAUGCGAAAGUCAAGGGAAUGUCUGUGUGAAUUGAGAGAGGAUCGUAGAUUGCAUACUAGUUACAUGUAACCGAAUUCGAAGAUGUAGUUUAUUGUUAUCUCUCUCUCUCUCUCCCUNCUCUCUCUCUCUCUCUCUCUCUCUCUCUCUCUCUCUCUCUCUCUCUCUCUCUCUCUCUCAUCUUUAUGAACAAUUGUGAAAAAGGCAAAAGAAAAGAGAAUAUUGACGAAUAAAAAACUGAGAACCGAUUUGUAUUAUCAAAUGUAAACGAUUAUAAAUACUCCUGUUCCUCGCUACUUUUUAUUAUACAUAUGUUACAAUUAUAAUUAUAUACUUAUUAUUCCGUAUUAUAUAUAUUUUUUAUCUAAGUUCAACGUGUGUCGUUCUCGCAAUUUUGCCGAGUUUCCCGUUGAAUGACAAACACAGAUGAGAAUGUUGAAUAAAUAAAUUAUAUAUUUAGAAGUAUUAACGAUUAUUGUUAAUUAUACAAGACAUUGUUGCAUUUGCAUAUGAGCGUUUUCGAAAGAGCCCAAUAUCAUAUAACUUUAAUCCCGAUCUCAUUCAUGAGUGAGACGCAUGUGAUAUUACUUUCCGUUUG